AUUGGUCGAGAGCGCGCGAGGUGAAAGGGCGGCCGGGGCGCCGGGGAGAGCUCUGAGCUGAGGCAUGAUGGCGGCGGCAGCUGCAGCCGGAGGAGUGUCUUCUCUGCGCCGGGUGGGCGCGGACGGCAGGAGCCUGGGGCGCCUCUUCGUGGCGCGGACGCGUAUUGCAGAGAUUUCAAGAUGGAGAUGGUGCCUUAUCAAUUCUCGGACUUUUCAGUCAGCAGUAUAUGAUCCAAAUGAAAAGACCUUUGAGAAGCUUCUUAUUGCCAACAGAGGAGAAAUUGCUUGUAGAGUAAUCAAAACAUGCAAGAAGAUGGGGAUUAAAACGGUUGCUGUACACAGUGAUGUUGAUUCCAAUGCAGUCCAUGUGAAAAUGGCGGAUGAAGCAGUCUGUGUUGGCCCAGCUCCCACUAGUAAAAGCUACCUCAACAUGGAUGCUAUCAUGGAAGCCAUUAAAAAAACCCGGGCCCAAGCUGUCCAUCCGGGAUAUGGAUUCCUUUCAGAAAAUAAAGAAUUUUCCAAGCGUUUGGAGUCUGAAGACAUUGCUUUCAUUGGACCAGACAUGCAUGCUAUUCAGGCAAUGGGGGACAAAAUAGAAAGCAAAAUCUUAGCCAAGAAUGCAAAGGUCAACACAAUACCUGGUUAUGAUGGGGUAGUCAAGGAUGCAGAUGAAGCUGUCAGAAUUGCAAGGGAAAUUGGCUACCCCGUCAUGAUCAAGGCAUCAGCAGGUGGUGGAGGGAAAGGCAUGAGAAUUGCGUGGGAUGAUGAAGAGACCAGGGAAGGUUUUAGAUUUUCAUCGCAAGAAGCUGCAUCAAGUUUUGGUGAUGAUCGAUUGUUAAUAGAAAAGUUUAUAGAUAAUCCGCGUCACAUAGAAAUUCAGGUAUUGGCUGAUAAACAUGGCAACGCACUGUGGCUGAAUGAGAGAGAGUGUUCUAUUCAGAGGAGAAAUCAGAAAGUUAUUGAAGAAGCCCCAAGCACUUUCUUGGAUCCAGAGACACGCAGAGCAAUGGGAGAACAAGCUGUAGCUCUUGCCAAAGCAGUAAAAUACUCAUCUGCUGGGACAGUGGAAUUUCUUGUGGAUUCAAAAAAGAAUUUCUACUUUUUAGAAAUGAACACUCGACUUCAGGUUGAACAUCCCAUCACAGAAUGCAUUACCAGUUUGGAUCUAGUCCAAGAAAUGAUCCGUGUUGCUAAGGGUUACCCUCUCAGGCACAAGCAGAAUGAUAUUCCCAUCAACGGCUGGGCAGUUGAAUGUCGAGUAUAUGCUGAGGAUCCUUACAAAUCUUUUGGGCUGCCAUCUAUUGGUCGAUUGUCUCAGUACAAAGAGCCACUGCAUGUGCCCAAUGUCCGUGUAGACAGUGGUGUACAGCAAGGAAGUGAAAUCAGCAUUUAUUAUGAUCCAAUGAUUUCAAAAUUGAUAACGUAUGGAUCUAACAGAUCUGAAGCUUUACAAAGAAUGGAAGAAGCCUUGGAUAAUUAUGUUAUAAGGGGUGUAGCACACAACAUUGCCUUGCUGCGUGAAGUGAUAACCCAUCCACGCUUUGUCCAGGGAGACAUUAGCACCAAAUUCCUUCCUGAUGUGUAUCCUGAUGGCUUUAAAGGGCACAAGUUGGAAGACUCAGAGAAAAGGGAGCUUCUGGUUAUAGCAGCUUCUCUGUAUGUGGCUGAACAACUUAGAUCGCAAAGAUUUCUGGGCACUCCAAGAGUUUCUGUUAUUCAACCUGAUGCAAACAAUUGGAAGCUUUCUGUCCAGCUGGGAGAUACAGCUCACUCUGUCAUAGCUUCAUGUCAAGGGUCAACAUUCUUGGUGGAAGUUGAUGGAAUAAAACUUAGUGUGACCAGUGAGUGGAAUUUGGCUUCACCCCUCUUGUCCAUCAGUGUUGAUGGUGUUCAGAGAAUUAUACAGUGCAUUUCACAGGAUGCAAGUGGGGUUUUUAGUAUUCAGUUCCUUGGCACAGUGUACAAGUUACAUAUCCUGACCAAACUUGCUGCAGAACUGAGCAAAUACAUGCCAGAAAAAGUGGUGGAAGAUACCAGCAGCAUUGUGAGGUCACCAAUGCCUGGAGCGGUGGUGGCAGUUUCUGUAAAACCAGGAGACAUGGUCGCAGAAGGUCAAGAGAUCUGUGUCAUUGAAGCUAUGAAAAUGCAGAACAGUUUGGUUGCAGCAAAAACUGGCAAGGUGAAAGCUGUGCACUGCAAAGCUGGAGAAACUGUUGGGGAGGGAGAUGAGCUGGUGGAGUUGGAAUGAAACCGUUUCUUCCAUACUUUUCCACAGUUGGACUACCGCCUUUUUUAGGCCAUCUACAGAUGAAUAUCAAAAGAAUAAUGUAAACCCAAGUGUUGUUAUGACUUUUAAAUAAUAAUAAUAUGUUGCACAAGUGGUGAGGGGCCAUUGAGAUCACCUUGAAAUUGCCUCUGGAUCUCAGAUUUCACUCCUUUAUAAAUACUUGUACAUAUGAGAUUUGUAAUUCUCUUCAACAAUUCUACUGGUAUGAAACAAAUCAAUAAAAUGAAACCUUUUGGCAUAGAAGUGAAGUGUAUUAUUCAGCUUCUUCACAACUUUAAUAAAUUAACCUAUGCCUCUAUAGGGAA